UCAUGUGGUAACACCAGCCACAAUGAGGAACUUCUGUGCAUUUCUGACAUCUUCUCUCUCAAUUACCACAUUUCUCCUGCUCAUUUCUGAAGAGGGCUGUGUACAAAUCAUUGGAGGAAAAGAGGUAACUCCUCACUCAAGACCCUACAUGGCCCUACUUAAACUUGACCAGAAAACCAUCUGUGCUGGUGCUUUGAUUGCCAAUGACUGGGUAUUGACUGCAGCCCACUGUGUCCUGACCAAGACAUCUGAGGUCAUUCUUGGGGCUCACUCAAUGAGCAAGAAUGAGCCAGAAAAACAGAAACUGUCCAUUAAGAAAGAGUUUCCCUAUCCAUGCUUCGAUCCGGAUACAUUCGAGGGUGAUCUGAAACUUCUCCAGCUGAACAAAAAAGCAACAAUUAAUAAGUAUGUAGAUAUCCUGAAUCUACCCAAAAGAGGAACUGAUGUGAAAGCAGGAAGCAAGUGUCAAGUUGCAGGGUGGGGCACGACUAAUAAUAAGUCACCUAUGUCUGAUACUCUGAGAGAAGUAGACAUCUCCAUCAUAGACAGGAAAAUCUGCAAUGAUCACCAGCACUAUAAUUUUAAUCCGAUGAUUGGGUUGAAUAUGAUUUGUGCAGGAAGCCCCCGUGGUAGAAAAGACACAUGCCUGGGAGAUUCUGGAGGCCCGUUGCUAUGCAGAGGCAUUUUCCGAGGCAUUACUUCCUCUGGCCUGAAAGGGAAAUGUGGAGACCCAAGAGGGCCUGGCAUCUAUACACUUCUCUCAAAGAAAUAUCUCAAGUGGAUCAUCAAGACCAUGAAGGGAGCAUCUUAA